AUGCCUUUAGCAGCUUUAACACCUGUAUUAAAUGAUUUACUUAAAAAAGAAGGUGGCAGUUCAUCAUCAUUUCCACAACAUCCAUCUCAACAACAAUUAUCUAAUUCUACUGAUAUGCAAAAUGCUGGAGAUUACCUGCGUAAGCCAUCUACUGUUUCCAAUCAAUUAUCAUCAACAUCUAUUGAUGAUAGUCCCCGUCAUCAUUCAGUCACUGCAUUCAGACUGAGCAAAGCAUUAACACGUGAAGAUUCAUUUUUACGAAGGUUUUCCAAUCGCUACAGGUAUCGAGGAUUAGGGAAGAUGGAUUCAACAAAACGAAAUCUUCGAUUAAAUGUUGAAAAAGAAGAACCAAUUAAAUCACAUUAUAGAUUUAUCAGACGAAUUCUUCGUACAUGUAAUUAUUUUGUUAUAUCAACAGAUGAAUCAUUUUUAUUUUAUUGGUUAAUUUUAUUAAAUAUAUUUGUAUUAUAUAAUCUUUGGUUUUCUAUUGCACGUCAAGCAUUUGAUCCAUUACAACAAGACUAUGCAAAAAUAUGGGAAAUUAUGGAUUAUACAGCUGAUACAAUUUAUUUUCUUGAUAUUUUUAUUCAAUUUCGAACCGGUUAUCUAGAACAAGGUUUACUCGUGUAUAAUCAUUAUAAACUUGCAAUGAAUUAUAUUCAUUCAUCUCGUUUCAUAUUCGACAUAGUAUCUUUAACACCAUUAGAUUUAUUUCAAAUAAAAUUUGGUUCAAUACCAAUUCUUCGUUUCCCACGUUUUUUAAAAGUUUACCGAACAUUUCAACUUUAUUAUUUACAAGAAUCACGAACUAUUUAUCCAAAUACAUAUCGUGUUCUAAAUCUUUUUCAUAUACUCCUUCUAUUGGGACAUUGGUUGGCAUCGUUUUAUUUUAUGGUAUCAAAAGCUGAAGGUUUUAUUGGUUAUUGGUCAUAUCCAAAACCUGUUGGAAAUUUUUCACAAUUAGCAAAAAUGUAUCUUCGUUGUUUGUAUUGGUCAACAUUGACAUUAACAACAAUUGGAGAUUUACCACCACCAGAAACAAAUUGGCAGUGA